UUGGCUCAGCUGCACCGGGUCGACGUCAGGGAAACAGUGUAAGAGAGAAAAGAGAGAGAGAGGGGGGAAAGAGUCUCACCGGGAAACCCUCAUCUUCCUCCUCUUCUUCUUCUUCAUUGUUGUUUGUCAGUCUCAGACAUGGACAGUACUCUCUGACGGACGAGGAUCUAAACUUACCUGAACUCUGUUGGACAAGAACAGACACUGAUUUCACCCCAGUCGAAGCCCACCACGGCCAUGAUCUCACUAUGAAGACUAAAAUGGAGCGGUCUUUGACGUGGACAGUCCUCCUCAUGCAUGUUUUGCUGAUCUCCCAUGGCACUCAGUGUUUAGAUCCCAGUCUUCAUGCCCUGGACCUCCCUUGGCGUGCUGAGCUGUGCUGUGACUCACCAACAGUGCAUCUUGACACAGAGAAGAACAGCACCCACAGAGCAUAUACGAACCAGUCUGAAUCAAACCUCCCACUCCAGCCUCGCUGUAACUUCAGUAGUUGGACAACUGAAUCACACCCCUCUGGAGGUCACUGUUUGGACAUGCUGUGCAGGAUCACUGAAAACUGGGAAGAUUUAACCUGUGAACUUCAUGUUGGAGACACAUUCGAAGCCGGUCUGAUCAAGAUUGGCCUGGGGCGAGUGAUAUCCCAGACAGAUGAGCCCGUUGAUAAUAAUCCUGUCAUCUGUGAAGCGAAGGAUUCCUUCACGUGUUCAAUGGCGCUUGGGUCAACAGUGACUUGGGCCACCGUGGUAACCGUUAUCAUCUCUGACGUCGUUUCUCCUCAGGUUGUUCUUAAAGUCCCUGAAAAACCUGUCAAACCAAGUCCUCCUGUCAACUUGUCACACAUCCAGACCAUCGAGGCAGAGCUGAUUUUGACCUGGGAGGUUGAUUCAGAGUUGGACCACGGUCUCCUGAGAUACGAGGUCCGAUACUCCUCCAACCCCACCCAUCCCACCUGGCAGGUGGUGUCUGCACCUGGAGAGCCCAGGUUAUCUCUAGACCUCAAGCCCAGGUUGAACUACACCAUCCAGGUUCGCUGUUCCAGUCUGGUGGAGCCUCCGCUGUGGAGCAACUGGAGCGAACCACAUCACAUCUACCUGGACACUGUUAGCUACAUCCCUGAGAAGGUGGUGGCCCGUCCGGGUGAGAACGUGACGGUUUACUGUGUCUUCAAUGACCACAGCGUCAACGCCAGCACGGCCAUAUGGAUCCUCAACUUCGAGAAGCCGCUUCAUCGCAGCCAGUACCACCCGGUCAACCAAUGGGUGAGUCAGAUCACAAUGCGUCCUUCAGAGACUCGUAUGUAUGACCUGCUGCAGUGCACGCAGGAGUGGGCCAUCCCAUACAGCCAGAUCUACGCAGAAGGAGCUUCCAUUGAUAUAAACUGUGAAACUAACGGUGACAUUGAUGCAAUGGAGUGCAGCUGGAAGAACACGCAGUUGACCAAACCCGAAUUCAGAUCCAGGUGGGCUGACCUGUCAUGUGACGUCAUGGAGGCGAGGGAGAAAGCCGGUGAGAGGGUUGGGGAGUGGAGUCGUCCUGUUUGCAGGCCGGACAGAUCUGUUCAGAAAUGCACCAUCCACCCACUGAGGAUGAACUGCUACAAGCUGUGGCUGGAGGUGCCGUCACACCUGGGCCCGAUCCGGUCCAAACCAGUCUACCUGUCGCCCAUAGACCACGUCAAACCUCACCCUCCCACUGAUGUGAAGGCGGUGAGCAGUGGCGUCCUGGCGGUCUCGUGGACGCCUCCGUCUCUGCCUCGGCCGGUUGAAGGGUUUCAGUGUCAGUUCCGGUAUCAUUCACCGUCCACUGUGACUGCUCAGCCUGAGUGGAAGGUCCAGAGUCCAGUCCAGGUUCCGUGGGCGGAGGUUUCAGUUCCAGACAUGUGCCGAGUGUAUGUGGUCCAAGUGCGCUGCAUGCACACCAGUGGCAAAGGCUACUGGAGUGACUGGAGUGAAAGUGUGUAUUCUGCACCCCAAAACAGCAGAGCUCCAGAGCGUGGGCCUGAUUUCUGGAGAAUACUUCAAGAUGAUUCAUACCAAAACCAGAUUAAUGUCACUCUGCUGUUUGAGGAUGCUUUUCUCCAGCGUCUCCGGAUAUCAGAGCAGUCGUACUGUGUGGAUGGAUUCGUAGUCCAGCGUCAGCUCCUGAGUGGGUCAGUGAUAAGAGACCGGAUCGAACUGAAGUCCCCCUACAGCUUUGAGUGGAACCAGGAGGUCCAGACCGUGACUGUGGAGGCCUACAACAGUCUGGGGAGCUCCACUAACAACUUCAACAUGACGCUGGAUAGUCAACCCAAACGACGCUGUUUGCGUUCAUUCCGUGUGCUGGUCAUCAACAGCACCUGCGUGUCUUUAUCCUGGACUCUGCUGGACAACAGCUCCGUCCCUCUGUUCAUGGUGGUCCAGUGGUCGCCGCAGAAACAACAGGACCCUGAACAUCACAAAGGCCAGAAUGGAGACACGUGGGUCAGGCUUCAACACACGGAGCGUCCGGUCUAUAUACGAGGUGAUUUUUUUGCCUCCGAGGAGUACGACUUCUACUUAUACCCUGUGUUUGCUGACGGGGAAGGAGAACCUGUGAUCGCUAGAGCUGCCAGAGGAGACCCUGCCGCCUACAUGAUGCUGAUGAUCAUCUCCUUUCUUUCCAUUGUGUUGUUGGUCACCCUCGUCCUCUCUCAAAACCAGAUGAAAAAGUUUGUGUGGAAGGAUGUGCCCAACCCAAACAAGUGCUCCUGGGCCAAAGGACUCGACUUCAAAAAGGCCGACACAUUCGACCACCUGUUUGGACCUCAGGAUGCCCUCCCAGCCUGGCCGCUGCUCCUUCCACCUGAAAACAUUUCUACCGUUGUCAUCGUGGACAAAUCCGACCUCUCAGCUCUGACCACAGCCCUGGUCCAACCCCCGACCCCUGACCCCACCACUGCUGUAACCGUCUCCGAUCUGUCAGAGUUUGAUCCUGAGGUCGAACAAACGCAGUCCGUCGAAAGUGAAGAGAUUCUGCUCGGAGCUCCUUCUUUAACCCUAAACGCAGAAAGAACAACUUCGGCCCCGAGGUUGGAUGAGUUACUACCUGCCGCCAAUGACAGCUCUGCUCAGUCUUCGGUCACAUACGCCACGGUGCUGCUGUCUGGUCUGAAGCAGGAGCAGAGCUAUAAGGACGGAAGUGGCAGCAGCUCCAGCGACGAGGGCAACUUCUCCGCCAACAAUUCUGAUAUUUCUGGAUCUUUUCACGCUGGCUUAUGGGAGCUGGAAAGCUGCAGAGGUGGGGAGAUGGACGACCCACGACGCUCCUGCUCCUACAACUCUGUGGAGGAACUCUCAGAAGAAGAAGAUGAAGAGGUGAGACAAGAAAAGGACUUGGAUUAUUUAAGGAUGGACUGUCCAGCAGAGGAGAGUGAGGACGAGCAGAGGGAAGAGGAGACCAAAACUGAACUGUUAAAAAGUGUGGUUUUGAACAGAGAGGACUGUUCGCAACCUUUACUUUGCCCUCAGGAUUCGGUAGAUCCGGGCGAGGUGCUGUCGCCGCCGUCGUCUUGUGGCUUUUCCCUCCUGUAUCUGCCUCAGUUCAGGACCGUUUCAUACACAAGGCAACUCACAAGUUACUCACAAGAAAGCCAACCCCAACCGUGACUCUAACGCCAACUGCAUUCACGUAAAAAUCUAACAUCAAAUGCAUUGUGUUCUCUGUGCAUCAUGUAUCGUGCAUCAUGAUUCAGCGCCUACGUAAGCGAUUUGCGUUUUUCCUGCAGACACAGUGAGGCGUGAAGCUGAAAAGGGUAAAAAAAAAUACCUCGAUGCGACUGAUGUAUGACUCUAAAUUUCCACUCAUCAGUGCUGCUAUUGUGUUUUGUUAGAGGAGAUCAGGAGGGCACAGGCCUCAUUUGGAGGCAUUUCUUUCUUUAUGGGUUUAAACCCAGACUCUGCUGUGCCACAAGACUCCUCUGCUGUUGUGUAAAACCGAUUAAUGAGGCGGGAAAAGCUGAGAAAAUGGAGCUCGCAAUGUUUUUUUUUCAAUGGUCACCAGUUCAGUAGAAGAAUAUAGAGGUAAUGGUCAUAGAGCGCAGGAAGUAGACUGUGUAUAAGCACCUUUAGGUCAGCAGGGAGAAGCUAAAACUAGUGUCUAAAAUACAUGGUAGCAGUUGGGGGGGGGGGGGGGGUCUAAUGCCUAAUAGUCCAUUGUUAUACACAGACUCUGUACACAAUAUGAUUUAAUGGAUGCAAGUCAAGGCAAUCAAGUCGCCUGUGCAUGUUUUACACACAUCAACAACGAUAACACUGGUCAACAACAAAUUUAUUGUUUAAGUUUUUUGAGCUGAUUUAGGAUCAUUUUGGUGUGCUGAAUCCAAAAAUCACAUUAAUUUUGCUCAAUCAGAUCAACUUUCUGAACUAU